AUGGAUCAGGAGUUCAAUGCCCUUCUACAUAAUAACACCUGGAGUCUCAUCCCGGCCAAACCUGGCAUGAAUAUAGUUGGGUGUAAAUGGGUUUACAGCACCAAACGUAAGGCUGACGGGACGGUAGACCGGCACAAGGCCCGCUUGGUUGCUAAGGGGUUUAAUCAAGUAGCUGAGACUGUCUACAUUCGUCAACCGCCCGGUUAUGAAGAUCCGGUACACCCAGACUAUGUUUGCCAUCUACAGCGGUCUCUAUACGACCUAAAGCAAGCCCCAAGGCCUGGUGCCUCACGUAUCUAUCUCCUGGUAUAUGUAGAUGAUAUUAUUAUGAUGGGCAAUGAUACAGCUUUGUUGACCACUCUGCUUGGCCGUCUAUCGGUGGCCUUUAAGAUUCGAGACCUAGGGACUCCGACUUUUUUCCUCGGUAUUGAGACAAUAUCUGUUGAUGGUGGCUUGUUGUUAUCACAACGUCGAUAUAUGGACGACAUCCUUACCCGUGCUGGCAUGGUGGACUACAAGUCUCUCUCCACUCCAGCAGCAAUCACUAAAGCCGCAUCUCCAUCUACGGAUCCUUAUGAGAACCCUACGCAAUACCGUAGGCCGGCCAGGGCUCUACAGUAUCUCACCAUCACUCGGCCGGACCUAUCUUAUGUUGUAAACAGGCUAUGUCAGUUCAUGCACGCUCCUAGAGACGAGCACUGGGGCAUGCUCAAGCGGGUUCUACGAUAUGUGAAGGGUACGCUCAUCUAUGGCCUACAGCUAACAACUUCUCCGUCGUCUGACGUACACGCCUACUCAGACUCCGACUGGGCCGGGUGUCCCAUAGAUAGGAAGUCUACUAGUGGGUAUGCUGUUUUCCUUGGCACGAAUCUUGUAUCGUGGGUGUCACGCAAGCAGCGAACUGUCGCUAGGUCGUCUACUGAAGCCGAGUCUAAGGGCUUGGCUGAUGUUGCUGUAACACCCUAG